UUCAGUCAUUAGCUAGAGAGGUAUAGUGGAGGACCUAAUGGUGAGAGUGGGCAAGUUUUGCUAUCCGACCGAUUUCGUGAUUCUCGACAUAAGUGAGGACUCGGAUAUGCCCCUCAUCCACGGUCGUCCCUUUCUUGCAACCGCCAAGGCAUUGAUAGACGUUAAUGAGGGGACCCAAAUUUUGAGGGAUGGUAAGGAGAGAAUCAAGCUUGAAAUUGAUCCUAGGGUUAGGAGUGAUGAAGUGAAGGGGGUAGUUUCAAAUGAUGUGAAUGAGAGUGGAGGAGAGCCUCUCAAGGAAAACCCUAUCGUUACUUGUGUUGUCUUUGAUGAUGUUGAGCAGGAAGUUAAGAGGGGUCCUAAGCCCAGAGGACCAAGAUUGAAUGCUUGGAGAAGAAGGAUGAAGGGAGCUUUUACCCGGAAGAUGGGGGAGGCCGAAGCAAGUUUGGUCAACCAAGAGGGCCAACUCAAGGAACCUAAGAUGGGAAGCUACAAGCCUCGCCCCAAGAGUGUAUUGGAUCCGCUCUCGGUGGCAUCACGUUUGAAGUCGAGAUUUAUCCCCAACCGUCAAGUUAAUGACGAUAAACAAGCACUUUUUGGGAGGCAACACAAUAGAGGUUUGUUUUCUUUUCCUUAGUUUUUGUUUUAGUGUCUUGUGAAGGGUUUGAGUGGUGAAGUGGUGUCCCCGUGCCGAGUGUUUUGUUUUUGCUGUUUAUGGUUGUAUUGGGAUCGAUUAGGAGGCACGGAUUGUUGAGUUCACGGUCAUAUAAGACCGUGAACAGACAAACACGUCCGUGAACUGGGUGUUGAUGAAUGUUCACCACCUUUCAAUGGCUAAGUGUAACCAAUGGAAGGGACUGCAGUAUAGUGGCUCAAGUAAUAAAUAUCGAAUCCACGG